GUUUAAACUUGGUACUUCAGAUUAUUUUAGUUCAAAAAUGGUGUUUGUUCAAAUCAUAUUCCUUGCUGGUUUCCUACAGGUUUGCAUUUGUGAACCUGCUCCUAAACCUUUGGAUACAAUUAAUGUUCACUUCCAUCUUGAUGAAUCUGAGGAAUCUACUGAAGACAAAGGGGAAAAUAACAGAAGGGGAUAUACAAAUGAAGGAAGUAAUAAUAGAGGCGAUUAUUUCACCCCAGAGGACAUGGAGAGAAACAGUGGCGAUUAUUUCACUCCAGAGGAUAUGGAGAGAAACAGAGGUGAUUAUUUCACUCCAGAGGAUAUGGAGAGAAACAGAGGUGAUUAUUUCACUCCAGGAAAAUAA